AUGGGGAGUAGCAAAAGCAAACCCAAAGACCUCAGUCAGAGACGUCGAAGCCUGGAACCCACCGAGAAUGUCCUCCACAGUGGUUUCCCUCUCUCUCAGACCCCCAUCAAGGCAUCUGUACCUGAUCCCCACCGUACUCCCAACCCACCCUUUGGGACCACAGCACCUGAGCCAAAGCUCUUUGGGGGCUUCAACACAUCAGACACAGUCACCUCCCCACAGCGCUCAGGGCCUCUGGCAGGUGGGGUGACCACUUUCGUGGCCCUAUAUGACUAUGAAUCCCGCACUGAGACAGAUCUGUCCUUCAAGAAGGGAGAACGCCUGCAGAUAGUCAACAACACGAGAAAAGUGGAUGUCAGAGAGGGAGACUGGUGGCUGGCCCACUCACUCACCACUGGACAGACUGGCUACAUCCCCAGCAACUACGUAGCCCCAUCUGAUUCCAUCCAGGCUGAGGAAUGGUACUUUGGCAAGAUCACCCGUCGAGAGUCUGAGCGGCUGCUGCUUAAUUCGGAGAAUCCCCGAGGCACAUUUCUGGUUCGGGAAAGUGAGACCACCAAAGGUGCCUACUGCCUUUCUGUCUCUGACUUCGACAAUGCCAAGGGCCUCAAUGUGAAACACUAUAAGAUCCGAAAGCUGGACAGUGGAGGCUUUUAUAUCACCUCCCGCACACAGUUUAACAGCCUGCAGCAGCUGGUGGCCUAUUACUCCAAACAUGCUGAUGGCUUGUGCCACAGACUCACCAAUGUCUGCCCCACGUCCAAGCCACAGACCCAGGGCCUGGCUAAGGAUGCCUGGGAGAUCCCCCGGGAAUCCCUGCGGCUAGAAGUGAAACUGGGUCAGGGCUGCUUUGGAGAAGUGUGGAUGGGGACCUGGAAUGGCACUACCAGGGUGGCAAUAAAGACCCUGAAGCCUGGCACUAUGUCGCCGGAAGCCUUCUUGCAAGAAGCACAGGUCAUGAAGAAACUUCGGCAUGAGAAGCUGGUACAGUUGUAUGCUGUGGUGUCUGAGGAGCCCAUCUAUAUUGUUACAGAAUACAUGAACAAGGGAAGCUUGCUGGACUUCCUUAAAGGUGACAUGGGCAAGUAUCUUCGGCUACCCCAGCUGGUGGACAUGGCGGCUCAGAUUGCAUCUGGCAUGGCCUAUGUGGAAAGAAUGAACUAUGUCCAUCGAGACCUCCGGGCUGCCAACAUCCUGGUGGGAGAGAAUCUGGUGUGCAAGGUGGCAGACUUUGGGCUGGCCCGGCUUAUUGAGGACAACGAAUACACUGCCAGACAAGGUGCCAAAUUUCCCAUCAAGUGGACAGCUCCAGAAGCUGCCCUAUAUGGCCGGUUCACCAUCAAAUCUGACGUGUGGUCCUUUGGAAUCUUGCUGACUGAGCUAACGACCAAGGGCCGAGUGCCAUACCCAGGGAUGGUGAACCGGGAGGUGCUGGACCAGGUUGAGCGAGGAUACCGGAUGCCCUGCCCACCAGAAUGCCCUGAAUCCCUGCAUGACCUCAUGUGCCAGUGCUGGAGAAAGGACCCUGAAGAACGGCCCACUUUUGAAUAUCUGCAAGCAUUCCUGGAGGACUACUUCACAUCCACAGAACCCCAGUAUCAGCCUGGGGAGAAUCUAUAG